UCCAUUCUUCACUUAGUUUCAUAUUCAUCAGAGCAACUCAACAAGGAGUUUCUUGCUCGUGUCCUGACGCUGAGCUCGUUGCGCCACCCGAAUGUCGUCAACCUCGUCGGCUUCUGCACGGACGGCAAUCGCAGGAUCUUGGUUCACGAGUACAUGCCAUUGGGUUCUCUCCAAAAUCACCUCCAUGAUCGGUCUCCGGGCAAAGCACUGCUAGACUGGAACACAAGGAUGAACAUAGCUGCCGGCGUGGCCAAGGGUUUGGGGUAUCUGCACCACCAAGGUGUGGUGUACCGCAAACCCAUGAGCAGCUCGGACAUCUUGCUCGGAGAUGGCUACCACCCAAAGCUGUCCCAGUAUGGACUGGCAGAGCUUCAUCAGCUAGGUGCAGAGGAAAUCAAGAGCUUCACGCGAAGUACUAAUAUUGCCCCCGAGAUGUUAGCUACCGGGAGGGUGACCACCAAGUCGAACGUGUACAGCUUCGGCGGCGUGCUGCUGGAGUUGAUCACGGGACGGACCCCCUUCGACCCCGCCCAGGCCGCCGCCGAGGAUCGGAACCUUGUCAUGUGGGCGACACGAGUGAUGAAGGACAGGAGCCAGCUCCGGUGGAUGGCAGACCCGGCGCUGCAGGACCAGUAUCCGUCCAUGGGUUUGCAGGAGGCACUAGAAGUUGCUUCCAUGUGCAUCCACCAACGGCCGGCCAUGAGAUCCCCCAUUGGCGCCGUCGUCGCAGCUCUGUCUCGCCUUGCCGCCUGCGAUGAUCCUCCACCUGAAUCAUCACACCACGCGGCGCCUCGUUAACCUAGGGCGAAACGUCGACGUCAUCUCCAGACGCAUCGAUCAUCAUCUUCAAGUUAUUUUAAUUAUGACUUGAUAUGGUUGUGAUUGUCGCUUGCUGUGGAAUAACAGUGCCUGCAUAAUUUAGGCUGUUCAUUGGCCCGUGUUAAUGGGUUUAGAAGUUGACUUGGUUCUAGAGGUGUGCGGGAGUUUCAGCUGAUGAACCGAUACAUGUUGAUAUACACCUGAUGUGCGUACGUACUCCCUCCGUCCGAAAUUAAUUGUCAUAGAAAUGGAUAUAUCUAGAUGUAUUUUAGUUCUAGAUACAUCCAUUUUCGAGACAAGUAAUUUCGAACGGAUGGAGUACAUUCAUUCCGCU